AUGGAGUUCUACAGGUUCAAAGUGCUUUUUGACCACCACCUCCUCUGGGGUAUCGGGGCCCUCGUCGUCGCAGCCAUUAUCCCUGUAUUGGCAUGGCGAUGGUGGCGUCUUCGACACAUACCAGGACCACCACUGGCUUUGUUGUAUUGCACAUUCGGGUUAUCGAGGACGGGACACCGGCAGGAGCCCCAUGAAUACGCCAAAAUGAUAGAGCUCAGUCACAAAUAUGGGAAGCUAUUCCGAAUUGGUCCCAAUCAACUGGUCUUAACUGAGCUUGAUGCCUCCCGAAGGGUCUUGCUUGAUUCAUCGACAGGGCCAUUAUCAAACCCAACAGCCUCGUUCUCGCCACUAGGCGACGAGGAGAACACACUGGAAUGGAACGCCAUCGGGAUGGGACCACGACAGAAUAUCUUCCUUGACGAAGUCGUUGAAAGCCAAUGCUCACGUCUUACAGAUAUGAUAGAGAGUGAGUUCGUGUCAACCAGCGCAGUGUAUCGACCGCUUAAGCUUAUGGACAUGGCCAAUGAUCUAUCCACGGACGUUCUUGGGGAACUACAUUUACCCUGCGAUAUACGGAACGGCAACCAAAAAAGCAAAGACAGCCUACCGGCUGUGGAGCGGAGCGUCCAUAUUGCCUCGGUAGCCGCAGUCAUUGCUGGCUUUCGCUGGGUCCUUCGCUCUACUGCUAGGUCUUUACAUAUGCGAAUACUUGGAUCAGUUGGUACGGUGGAAGCUUUCAGCUGCGCUGUCACACGUUCGGGCGCGAUAUUAUUCUGCUCAACGUUGAUGCAAACCAUCACGACUCCAAGCGUAUACGACAAACUCCAGACUGAAAUCAAUUGUAUGUGGUCAGACGCGCACGUCAGUUCCCGACAGGGAUACAGCGAACAUCAAGAAUUAUCCUACCUCGAGGCGGUCAUCAAUGAGGGCUUACGGAUGUACCCUACCGUAACGUCGGUCACGGCCAAAGCGCCUAAAGGGGGCUACGCCGUGUCGAAGUUUAAGGCUCCUGAAGGCACGGUGAUAAUCCACAAUAUUGCAGGCAUCAUGCGUGCCAGCACCCACUGGGGAGAAGAUGCAGACGUCUUCAGGCCAGAACGAUGGGUCAAUGCUACACCUGAGAACUACAAGGCCAUGCACGAGGCUCUGCAAUUGGGAUGGGGUACAGACAGGUACAGAUGGCUCAGAGAAGCUUAUGCACGAUUGCAUUUGAAGAGAGUCUUGUUGUUGAGUCGAUAUGAUUUCGCCGUUGUCGCGCCUAGGAACCCAGUUGAGAUCAUGGGUACUGGAUUCCUGGAGUCUGAUUUGCAGUUACGGAUCACAAGAAAACGAGAUAGACUAUAG